GUUCGGCUUCCGGUUGUCGAGAGAGGGGGCCGGGGUCGACAGCAGCCUGAGCGCUCGCGUUCCUCCCAGUUUCGAGACUGUCGAGCAGAUCGAAUGAUCCUCUGCUGGAAGUUAUGCAACGCGUAAUAGAAACAAAAUUCUGUCUUGAGAUUCGAGCUCAUGUAUGAAGCCGCGUCAAGAAUGCGUCCUUCAACCCACGCAACCGCGUUGUAGACUCGGUAGAACAGUUCGCAACUAUGAAGUGCCUCGCUCAAUCACUCUUCCUGGUAGCCGUUGGCCUUGUCCCGGCCGCCAAAGGGGAGCUUCAAUGGUCUAGUUUGGACCGCCCGGGCCAGAGUGUGUUGCAAAGUGCAUCCAUGGUCGAGAGGUGCCGAGGCGCUUGCGCAACCCUGCGAGAGAAAUACGGCGACCAACUCCUCCUCCCCGACGAGGUUGCUUACGAAGAAGAGCUAUCGAAAUACUGGUCUCUUCAGCAGUCUCAGACUCGGCCGUCUUGCAUAUUCUUCCCAAAUGACCGCGACGAAGCGUCCUCGGCUCUCCUUAUAUCUCGUCAGGCCGAGUGCCCGUUCGCGGCCAAGUCUGGAGGCCACGCUGCCUUUGCGGGCUCAUCGAACAUCGCCGGCGGCAUCACGAUAAACCUGGCCAACUUGAACGAGAUCACCAUCAACCGGGACCGCAAUACCGUGACCAUAGGUGCGGGCAACAAAUGGGUCAAUGUGUACCGUCGGCUCGAAGAGGAGAAUUUGAUCGUCAUUGGCGGCCGAGUUGCUCCGAUAGGGGUUGGCGGACUGACGCUCGGCGGUGGCAUCUCCUACUUCAGCAACACCUACGGAUGGGCGUGCGACAAUGUCGCCAGCUACGAAAUUGUUACGGCGUCGGGAAUCGUCGUGGUGGCGACCCCGGAUGCUAACCAGGACUUGUAUUGGGCACUCCGCGGCGGCGGCAACAAUCUCGGCCUAGUCACCAAGUUCGAGCUGUUCUCUUACCCCCUGGACCACUCUGCCAUGUGGUUCGGCAAGAUGAUGCAUCCCGCGGCGCAGAACGCUAGUCUCCUCCAGGCCUUCGUCGACUACGGGCGGCGUGGCGCGGCCGAGGAUCUCAAAUCGACUAUCCUGUUCAGCUUCGUCUAUCUCCAGAGCCAGGAUCAGUACGUCGUCGUGACCGAGGUCGAGUACCCCGAGAAGGUGGCCGACGGAACCCACCCUGCCGUGUACGACGCGUUUUUCGACGUCCCCGACGCGCUGCGAGUAACGUCCGAGACAAAGAAGCUCGUCGACAUCGCCCAGGAGCACAGCGAUGCGAAUCCCAAUGGCCUGCGCCAGAGUUACUGGACUGCCACCGUCAAGCUGGACCUGGCAUUGCUGCACGAAAUCCUGGCGAUCUGGUACGCGGAGCUGGAGCCCAUAAAGGGGAAAAUCGCCGGGUUCGUACCGGUGAUCACGUUCCAGGUUGUCACCAUGUCAAUGCUCGAGCGGAUGAAGCUCAACGGCGGGAACGCCCUUGGUCUGCAGGACGAAGAGGUGCCGCUGGUGUCCAUCGUCCCAAGCGCGAUGUGGACGGACGCGAAGGAUGACGCAGCCAUCCGUACCGCGUAUAGCAACUGGGUGGAGAAGACGACCGCGAAGGCUAAGAGCCGGGGGCUGGACCACCCCUACCUCUACAUGAACUACGCGAGCGAGUAUCAGGAUCCCGUCGAAGGGUACGGAAAGGAGAACAGCAAGCGGCUGAGGGAGGUAGCCAAGAAGUACGACCCGGAGGGCUUCUUCCAGACGCUUCAGCCCGGAUACUUCAAGGUCUGAAGUCUCUAAGCAUCUUCACUAAGACGAAUAGUAUCUAUGAUAAAAUACUUAGUAGGAAUGCUGGACGGAGCGAGACUGUGUUAUUUUAUACGUGCCUUUAAAUGAUCGUGUAGGAAUCUGCCCUAUGAGGUGGCGCUGUAACAAGGUCGUGGAGCGCUGAAAUUGUUGGAGCUGUUAGCGGGUAGCAACAAAAUUCCUUCUGAAUUCCUAUGACAAUGCUAGGGCGUUUCCGCGCAUUUCUGUAAGGGCGCGAAUGGAACAACAGAGGCAGAGUGAAAAAUAAAUAUCCGCGAAACAA